AUGUCCGAUUCCUAUGUACUACAUGAUGUGAUGCGGAAAGUGAAAGCUGAUGGCUUGUUUGAUUCCAUUCGACGUGAUCUCAUAUCUGAUAUUGAACAAAAACAAUCUUAUUUAGAUUUAAAAUCACAAAUUGAAUCGUUGAUGUCAACCUAUCUAUCCGAACAUAAAUGGAGUCCAGCAUUGAAAAAGUCGGACUUACGUGAACGCGCACGACGGCAUGUAGAAACGUCGAAUUUAAUCAAAGAUACCUUGCCAACGCUCGUUAAUGAAUAUAUGCAAUCCUGUCAAGAUCAAUUAAUUCAGCCCCGUCUCUUAUCGUUCGUCUCUGAUCAUCUCGAGCAUGUUUAUAAUUCGAUUGGAGGAACGCAUGUUUAUCGUCCGCCACCAUCUUAUACCCAAUCGAUUCCAACUCCUCAAGAACCAGUAAAAACAGAUCCAAAACCUAUACCUCCAGUUAAGAAAGAAUCGAUUCCAUCGAAACCAAAAGUUGUAGUCAAUAAAACAUCUCUAACACAAACACCAAAUAAGGCGUCUGUCGUAUCAAAGAAGAAAUCAAUUCCACCUUCAAAAGAAGUACAAACUAAAGAGCCAAAGAAAACGCGUGUUCUCUCACCAACACAUUCACCCAGUGACUUAGUAGAUAUAUCUCCAGUAUCAAUUACUGUCAUUGAAGCCGAACCUACAGCAAUAUCAUCAAGCCCGUCACCACCUCCACCUGUCGUUUGCAUCGCACCACCAUUGCCACACUCUUCGAAUACGGAAACCCCGCGUAAAGCCAAGCGUUCAGUCGAGAAUAGCAAAGAUGAAAGUUCGACGACUACUAUCAAAAAGAAAAAGAUCAAAACUGAUGACAAUCUAGCGAAAAACGCAUCUGAACAAAACGCGGAAAGUACAGUGCCACCAAUGGCAGCCAAUGAAACGGACACACGUAAACUACGAUCACGUCGACCAAAUCCAAAAUAUUCGAAUGAACAAUAUGAAACAGAAGAUCUGAGUAUACUGGAACUAUCAUCCUCGUCUUCUCCACCUGCCUCGACUGCAACUAAACCAAAGAAAUUGCGACCGCUCAAAUUCUCAACAAGUCUUGAGCAUGAAAAUUUCGAUACACCAUCGUCUCCUCCUUCCUCAACACCUGCACCCAUUGAAACAUCGCUACCCGUCGGUGAUAUGUCCCCUGAAUAUGGAACGUUACUGCCUACGGAGAAUCAAUCCACAGAGGUUCCUGAUGAACGAUCUAGAACGCCGUCACCGGUAGCUACAGACACGAAAAAGACAACAUCGCCGAGACGGUUGCGUCCGAGAAGAGCGAAUGAGCGAACUUCGGCUGUUGAGAAUCCUAACUCUACUACUGAAGCUCCAGUGCGCACGUCGUCGAAAACUCGAGAAAGUAAUCGUCAGCGAACCGAUCAAACUCUUGUACUAUCAACGAGUGACGAAGUUGAUGCAUCACGAGUAUCAGCAAAAACUACUCGCCAGUCAUCUAAUCUAGAUAACGAUCCGCCAGAGGAUGCAGUUCGAUCUGUUUCCGUACCGGACAUACUUGAUUUGACUACAAAUGAAACAUCAACGUCACCACCACAGCCACCUGCUACUGCUCCUGUAUCCAAAUCAUUUAUAUGGAAGCCUAAGAUAUCGAAAUGA